UGCACACGGCCUGGGCGGCGGGCGCGGGCCUGGGGAGCGGCGGCCGGGCGCGCGGCCCCGGCGGCACCCCUGGGAGGGCAGCCGAGGAAGCUCCCGGAGGCGGCGGCGGCCGCGGGACCCGCUCGGCCUCUCCGCCCCCUCCCAGCCUUUCUUUCGCCCUCUUCUCUCACACUCCCGGCCGGCGCCUCGGCUUUGUGCGCGGAGAUGGUGUAGCCUCCUGGCCGUCCCCAGGAGCCGCCGGCCACUUGUCUCCUGUCUCCCAGCCGCGUCCCCGCCCCUGGAGGACGGACCCCUGGACUCGGCGCCUCCCGCGUCUCCCGGCUGCUGGGGAAGCCUCGGCGCCGCCGGCACCAUGAGUGAACAGAGUAUCUGCCAGGCAAGAGCUGCUGUGAUGGUUUAUGAUGAUGCCAAUAAAAAGUGGGUGCCAGCUGGUGGCUCAACUGGGUUCAGCAGAGUUCAUAUAUAUCACCACACAGGCAACAACACAUUCAGAGUGGUGGGCAGGAAAAUUCAAGACCAUCAGGUCGUGAUAAAUUGUGCCAUUCCUAAAGGGUUGAAGUACAAUCAAGCUACACAGACCUUCCACCAAUGGCGGGAUGCUAGACAGGUGUAUGGUCUCAACUUUGGCAGCAAAGAGGAUGCCAAUGUCUUUGCAAGUGCCAUGAUGCAUGCCUUGGAAGUGUUGAAUUCCCAGGAGACAGCCCAGAGCAAGCUUACUGCCACGCAGGACAACACUAAUUUGCGAUGUAUUUUCUGUGGGCCAACAUUGCCUAGACAAAAUUCACAACUACCUGCCCAAGUUCAAAAUGGCCCAUCACAAGAAGAAUUGGAAAUUCAACGAAGGCAACUUCAGGAACAGCAGCGACAGAAGGAGCUGGAGCGGGAAAGGCUGGAGAGAGAAAGGAUGGAAAGGGAAAGAUUGGAGAGGGAGAGGUUAGAAAGGGAAAGGCUGGAGAGGGAGCGCCUAGAACAGGAGCAGCUGGAGAGAGACAGACAAGAACGGGACCGGCAGGACCGCCUGGAGCGGGAGAGACUGGAAAGACUGGAGCGAGAAAGGCAGGAGAGAGAGCGACAGGAACAGUUAGAAAGGGAGCAGUUGGAAUGGGAGCGAGAGCGGAGGAUAUCCAACACCGCUCCAUCUUCCGACAGCUCCCUGUAUAGUGCUCCACUUCCGGAGUAUGCCAGUUGCCAGCCUCCUUCAGCACCUCCUCCAUCAUAUGCUAAAGUCAUCUCAGCUCCAGUGUCAGAUGCCACUCCUGAUUAUGCUGUAGUGACCGCUUUGCCACCUACUUCCACACCCCCUACACCACCACUUCGACACUCAGCGACACGUUUUGCAACCUCUUUAGGGUCAGCCUUCCACCCCGUUCUUCCCCAUUAUGCUACGGGUCCUCGUCCUCUGAACAAAAACUCUCAGCCUUCUUCUCCUGUGAACACACCCUCUUCUCAGCCUCCAGCUACGAAGCCCUGUGCCUGGUCUACUUCCAAUUUUUCGCCCCUCCCUCCAUCUCCUCCAAUCAUGAUUACCAGCCCCCCAGGCAAAGCUACUGGUCCAAGGCCUGUUCUCCCUGUUUGUGUUUCUUCUCCUGUGCCCCAAAUGCCUCCAUCUCCGACAGCACCCAAUGGGCUGCUUGACUCGGUCCCACAUGCAGUGUCCCCGCCGCCUACCUCAGGGCCCGCAGCACCAGCUCCGCCUGCACUGCCUUCCCUCGCACCACUGUCACACUGUGGAUCUCAAGCUUCUCCUCCAAGCACCCCUGUUGCCUCAACUCCCUCAUCCAAGCCUAGUGUUCUCCCUUCUCCCUCUGCAGCUGCCCCUGCCUGUGUGGAGACUCCUCUAAACUCUGUGCUGGGGGACUCCUCUGCUUCUGAGCCAGGCUUGCAGGCAGCCUCUCAGCCGGCCGAGACUCCAGCCCAACCGGGUAUUGUCUUGGGACCACCUGCACCUCCACCCCCGCCCCCACUCCCACCAGGUCCGGCCCAGGCUUCAGUGGCCCUUCCUCCUCCCCCAGGACCCCCUCCUCCCCCGCCGCUUCCGUCCGCAGGGCCGCCCCCUCCCCCUCCUCCACCCCCUCUUCCUAACCAAGUCCCCCCUCCUCCACCGCCGCCUCCCGCUCCUCCUCUUCCUGCAUCUGGAUUUUUUGCGGGAUCCAUGUCAGAAGACAAUCGCCCGUUAACUGGACUGGCAGCUGCGAUUGCUGGCGCAAAACUUAGGAAAGUGUCACGGAUGGAGGAUGCCUCUUUCCCAAGCGGGGGGAAUUCCGCCUCCUCCAAAACAGACACGGGUCGUGGAAAUGGACCCCUUCCUUUAGGGGGCAGUGGUUUGAUGGAAGAAAUGAGUGCCCUGCUGGCCAGGAGGAGAAGAAUUGCUGAAAAGGGAUCAACAAUAGAAACAGAACAAAAAGAGGACAAAAAUGAAGAUUCAGAGCCUGUACCUUCUAAGGCCUCUUCAACAAGUACACCUGAACCAACAAGAAAACCUUGGGAAAGAACAAAUACAAUGAAUGGCAGCAAGUCACCUGUUAUCUCCAGACCAAAAUCUGCACCUUCAUCCCAGCCCAGUGCCAACGGAGUCCAGACAGAGGGAAUGGACUACGACAGACUGAAGCAGGACAUUUUAGAUGAAAUGAGAAAAGAAUUAACAAAGCUAAAAGAAGAGCUCAUUGAUGCAAUCAGGCAGGAACUGAGCAAGUCAAAUACCGCAUAGAGAAACAAACUAAGGAGAGAUAGAACUUUAAUCUGGAGAAAGAAAGAAAAACAACCCUACAAACAACAACUGUUAACAACGACAAACCCCUACAUUUUGUGAGCUGUGAGAAGAAGAAGAUGGAGACAAACAGUUGGAAGGCGGGAAAAACCAACAUCCUUUGAAAGCCUUCAGACAUUAUUACUCUGGCGAUAAGCUAUUUCCCUCCAGUUUGCUGCUUUUUUUCUGACCUUUACAACAGGAUGGAAGAGAGUUCUAUAAGAGUUCUGGUAACAGUUAUGCAGAAAAUACUUAAACCCAUCAGGCAGGAUCACCGUGCAUUGAAAUAUUUUCAUGUCAAGAUAAAAUCGCAUAUUUCCCACAACCCAUUGCUAAAAUAAAGAGGAGAAAGGCUUAAAAAGUUUUUUUCAGAGAGUGCUGAUGACGACGUCAGCAGGUUAUGCUAUUGUAUCGUAAACGUUUCUCUCAGGUUUGUCUUCCUAUCAUAUUAUUCCAUGAAUAUUGAGAUCAGCCCUGUGUAGGUUAAGAUCGUCAAAUGUGGAACAAAUGGAAAUUGUAUGUGCUUUCAAAGGGUGAUAUUUAUGAGAAAGUGUCCUGAAAAUGAUUUGUCCAGCUUGAGGAAUGUUAGAUUGAUAGGAAGUCUUUCGAGUUAGCCUUCAUGCAAUUUUGUAGAUUAAAACAUACAAUUCGUCCAGAAUUUAAAGAUUUAGAUGCCUUCCUAAAUUGUUAUAAUGCUUUACCAAAUCUAUGACUCCUACAUAAUACAAACCAGUGGUCAAAUGUAAAACAAUAUAUUGUAGAUUUACUGUAGGUUUUCAACCUUUUUUAGAUUUAUGCAUGUGGACAUUUUUAUAAUGUAAUUACAACCACCACAAAAUUAGCUUUUUUAAUUGCAGAUACUAAUGCAUGUCACAAUAAUAUGUAGUGGCCUUUUCAAGGCCUCGUCCCAGGGAAAACAUUUUGUAACGUAUAGGGGCGUGGGGGGAAGGGAAGGAAUAAUUUUUUAUUUAAAGUUAAUUUCUGCACUAUCGUUUUUCUCAAUUACCUGCAUGAAAAAUAAUGAGGACUAUUUUGUGACUUUAAUUGAUAAAUAUGUUAACAGAACCACAUACUUAAUCUUUUACAUCAUGUCUUCAGCUAUUUGUAUUUGAACUUCAGUAGUUUCAAUGGCCUGAAACAUGAUUCUGAGCUUCCCAUGAAUUGUAUCUUCCUGUGGAACUCAAAAGUUUGCUCCCUCAAUUUAGCAGGUAGGAUUACCCAGGUGCCCUGCAGUUCUGCGGGGUUCAGGUUAACAUGCUCCUGACGACGAAGCUGCAUUUGAAUGUUGUUUUGUUGAACUACAAGAAGUAACAAUGAUGGCCGCAGUUAUGGUCACAGAAAUCAUUGGGUAAGGGGCCACCAAUGAGGAGUUCUGCAAGUUUUCUUUUAAUAAAGAGAGACGUAGGUGGUGGGAACAAGGAAUUAGAUACCCUACUUACCACUGUGUGUGGGCAUGCGUGUUUGUGCACACGCACACGUGUGUAUGUAAUCCACUCCCUUUGACAUUUAUAAGAUUAAAAUAGGGGAGAAAUCCUAUAUGUUGCAAUGAUAGACUUUUUUUUUUUUUAAUUUAGGAAAUCAAAUUCUCCAGGCUCUCCCUCUUGAUUUAUGCUUGAGUUGUUACGUGCCAUAUUUGCUUUGAAACUUUUAAUUUUUCAGAAGUUUUACUAAAAAUUUUGAAGAAAUAAUCCAUUUUCAUCUGCUUUCUAGAUUUCUUACAUCUCGGUUCAUAAAAGAAAAAGCUUGUUGAUAGCAUAGUUUUCUAAACGCUGCACAUUUGCAGCCAUUAUCACUUCAAAGAGGUUUGAAUGAGGGAAUUUUUUUUCCUUGUUAAAAUAGUUCCUGUUUCUGUAGAAACUUCAUUUUUAGAUUGAUCUGUGAUGGAUGAGCUAUCAUAAUUCAAGUAUAUGGUUCUUUUUUCUAUCAACUAUUCAUUGUCGUGCGAAGUAGUAAAGGCAUUAAAGAUGGAACAAGCUUAUAAAGUACUGUUUUCUAAAAAAAAAAUAGGAGGCAUUUUCAUCUUUAUUAUUGUACUUUUGAUUAUGUAAACACUUUGAUGAUAUAAAUGUUUAUGUCCCCUAUAAAAUUGGUCAGAAAUAACCUUUUGAUUUUGUUGGUUAAGUUAAAUAGUCUAUAGUAGGAUAGAGUACUCUGGGUACAAGUGGUCCAAAGUAAGACAAAAGACUACAAUAAAAUGCUAGAUCUUAAAAAGAAACUGGUUUAUGCACUAAACGUUUUGUGCCUUGGUCUAAUAUUAACAUAAUGUCUGUGUAAAAUGACAAAAAGAACCAGUGUUGAAUCAUGUUGUAUUUUCCAUCAUUUUGCAUUAUCCCAGAUUGCUAAAUGUGUUUUUUCCAAGAAGUUUGAUUGAAUUACUGUAUACAUUUACUAUCAUACGUGACAGUUUUGUCAUUGUUAGAGAUUUCAGUAAUUAAAAUGGGAAACAGAAGCUUAAGUUAUUUUCCUUAUCAAAACUAUGUUGGAACUACGUUAUUCUGAUGGUUUUCGUGCUCAUGUAACAUUGGAUGUCUUAAGCAGUUUAGGGGACCCUUUCUAAUUACAGGAAGGUACUUCUUUCCUCAACACUGUGAUAUGACCUGUGACAAAUCUGUACUAUACACUAUGUAAAUGGUUAACAAGUCAAUUGCAAACCAACUGAAUGUACAAAUCCUAGUGCUGGUGCUGAAAUCUCUUCAGAAGAGUCAUCCUGAUUUAAAGUUUGUCUCAAAAUUUGCAAGCAUCAAGUGUCAAUCAAAACUGAAGAUGAAACUAAUGAAUGUCGAAUUCUCAUGCUUUAGGUAUACUUCCUUUUUAGAGUUUUCCGUUCUCUGCUAUUUUUACCGUACUGUUUCAUUUAAAUUUCCUACACGCUAACUUCGCUUGUGCGAUUGAAAUAAAAUUGCAGUACAUA